AUGUCCGCCAACUGUGCUAACGCUCUUGCUGAACUCUCCAAGUAUGCCUCUAAAGAUGGCGUGUGUGUGAAUGACCUCAUGGACUCCAAGAAGUCAGGCGGCCUCACCUACAAUGACUUUUUGAUGCUUCCUGGCCGCAUCGAUUUCCCGUCGAGUACCGUCAAGCUUGAGACCAAGCUCACCAAGAAGAUCACCCUCAAGCUGCCCUUGGUCUCUUCGCCCAUGGACACCGUUACCGAGGAGAACAUGGCCAUCCACAUGGCUUUGCUCGGCGGUAUUGGUAUCAUCCACCACAACUGCACGGCUGAGGAGCAGGCUGCUAUGGUGCGCAAGGUGAAAAAGUACGAGAAUGGCUUCAUUUCUGACCCCAUUGUGAUUACUGCGUCCCGCACCGUUGGCGAAGUCAAGCAGCUCGCCUCGGAGCUGGGAUUCCACGGUUUCCCCGUUACUGAAAACGGCAAAAUGAACGGUAAGCUCAUUGGUAUCGUCACUCGUCGGGACAUUGAGUUCCACGACGACGACUCCACCCCGGUUUCCGAGAUCAUGACCCGUGACGUUGUCACUGCUACCAAGGGUGUUGAUCUCGCCGAGGGUAACCGUAUCUUGCGUGAGUCUAAAAAGGGCAAACUUCCCAUUGUUGACAGCAAUGGAAACAUUGUCUCUUUGCUUUCUCGCACGGACUUGAAAAAGAACCACAACUACCCCUUGGCUUCCAAGUCUGCCGAUUCCAAGCAGCUGCUGUGCGGUGCUGCCAUCGGCACCCACACUGGCGACCGUGACCGUCUCGAGAAGCUGGUGGCUGCCGGCUUGGACGUUGUCAUUCUCGACUCGUCCCAGGGCAACUCUAUGUUCCAGUCCGAGAUGAUUCGCUGGGCCAAGAAGAGCUUCCCCAACCUGCAGGUCAUCGCUGGUAACGUUGUUACCCGUGAGCAGGCUGCCCAGCUCAUUUCUGAUGGUGCUGAUGGUCUUCGUAUCGGUAUGGGCUCUGGUUCUAUUUGCAUCACCCAGGAAGUCAUGGCAGUCGGUCGUCCUCAGGCCACAGCCGUUCGUGCCGUCUCUGAGUUCGCCAACAAGUUCGGCGUUCCUACCAUCGCUGAUGGUGGUGUCCAAAAUAUUGGCCACAUCACCAAGGCUCUCGCCCUCGGUGCUUCUGCCGUCAUGAUGGGUUCCUUGCUCGCCGGUACUACCGAGUCGCCUGGUGCCUACUUCUACCGCGAUGGCAACCGUCUCAAGGCGUACCGCGGUAUGGGCUCCAUCGAGGCCAUGGAGAAGACUGGUACUAACGCGAACGCCGCUACGUCCCGUUACUUCUCCGAGUCCGACGCUGUUUUGGUUGCCCAGGGCGUCUCUGGCUCCGUCAUCGACCGCGGCUCCAUCACCAAGUUCGUGCCUUACCUUAUGGCUGGCUUGCAGCAUGGUCUGCAGGACGUGGGUGUCCAGAGCCUCGACGCUUUGCGGGCCGGCGUCGACAACGGCGACGUCCGCUUCGAGUUCCGUACUGCCUCUGCUCAGCUCGAGGGCGGCGUGCACUCGCUCCACUCCUAUGAGAAGCGCCUGCAUAAUUAG